AUGAACUCUUUAAAGGCUGACAUCGAGAAGAAACGAAAACUCCUCGAAACGGUUAAAACUGAGAAUCCAGAAUUCAAAAAGAAAAAGUACCUACGAAGAUCUGAUCUUGAAAAGAUAAGAGAGCAACAGUAUUUGGAGAAGCAAUUUGAAUCAGAAAGGGAUAAAAAGGAAAAACGCAAAGAAAAAGACACGCUUGCCUCACUUGAGGACCAAGAAAAAGUGGAAAAACCUGCUUCCGAUAAUGAGGCAGCGAAAGAAGAGCAAGAUGGGAGUGAUACUUUCAAUAUUUCACCAGAGGAGGUUGUUCGCCGUUUGAGAGCAAAGGGACAACCAAUUCGUCUUUUCGGAGAAUCUGAUAAGGAUCGGAAAACACGUCUACGAGCACUUGAACUAAUUGAAGAACGAUCGGAGGCAAAUAUACGUAGUUUAAGAAACAACACAAGAUGUCGAACAAGUGGUCAACGUAAUGAUUUUAUGAAGACCUUUGAAGAAAUGGAAACUGGCCUGGAUUUGGAAGUCCUGAAGAAGCGACCUGACGAAGAAGACAACAAUCGUCCAUCUAAGAAGAAGAAAGCAACUGAGGAUUUAGCUUUGGAUAAUACGCCAAUAGAUAUCAGUUUAAUAGAAAAGGAUCCUGAUAAACUUUAUCUUCUCAUUUAUACUUUCUUCAAACGUCUUCUGAGGGAAUGGGAACAAGAAAUGAAUAAUCGAUCGGACCAU